AUGCCUCCAAAAAAUGGAGGUGGUGGCGGUGCAAAGAAGCGAAAACAAAGCCUCGAUAACCAACCUCGACAAUCGGCGAUGACUAAUGGUAUUGUCCACGGUGGCAAGAAUCCAUUGGCCGAAAAUUUAAGCCAAUCAAAAUUUACCAUAGCCCCCCUCAUUCUAGAGGGAGUUAAGUUAAACAAGCUGCAACUUAAUGAUAUGAUAAAGCAGCAUAUUAGUGACGUCAGAAUGUCUGACAUCCAACUCAAUCGGGCAGGUAUAUUUACUUUAUAUGCAAGUGAUGUCAAGUCAUUUAAUCUUCUUCUUAAUGAUUUUACAUCGAUACUUUCAACAAAUGGUCAACCUGCAGCAAAGGUUUAUGUUCCUCGCUCUAUCCAAAGAGUCAAGGACACAGAAAAGGUGGCUUUCGUAAAGAGAGUCGACCUAGAAUUACCAGAUGAUCGAAUAAUCGAUGCAUUAAAGAAAGUUGGUCUUGAUGUUAUCGAUGUUACUCGAUUAAAAAGCAAAGAUGGUAAUACUCCAACAAGAACCAUCAAAAUUUCAUUUAAUGAUGCACAUAAUCGAAACACAUUCGUACAUACCGGACUUCAAGUUGACUCGAUGCACUUUAAUGCUGAAGCUGCAUCACAAAAUUCAAAGCCAGUACAAUGUUACAUUUGUCUUCAAUACAAUCAUGUAGCUAAGUACUGCAAAACCAAACAACAAGUAUGUUCUCGAUGUGGUGAUAACCAUCGUAUUGAAUUAUGUACUGCUGCAAAUGAUGCAAUAAAAUGCUGCAAUUGUAAAGGCAAUCAUUUGGCCACGUCUAAUGAUUGUCCAAAUUAUAAAGAACAACAGAAACGAAUGUUAAAUUUAAUUAAUCAAUAUUCGUCCACAAGCAAACCAACAGCAACAGCACCAGCUAUACAUGAUGUCAAUGAAUUUCCAUCAUUACCAGGUAUGUAUCAACGUCAACACCAACAGUUACAUAAUGAUAUUCUUGAUGAAUUAAUCAAUGUACUUACCAGCAAAAUGGAAAAAAUCAUCGAAGAAACAACCAAAAGAUUAUUUAAAUCAUUGCAAGAGAAGAUAAAGAAAAUAGAAAAAACUAUUGCAUCAGUUGAAAGCUUAGUCAAUGAUGAUGAUACAUUUGAUCAAACUUCGGAUAGUGAUGAAGAAAUUCAAAUGUUAAAUGACAAUAAUAAUAAACAACAGCAACCUGCAGCAACUACCAAAAAACCAAUAAAACAGAAUAACAAACCAACAACUACAUCUUCGGACACAACAUCGAAAACACCAACUACUACAAAUACAACAUUAACACAAUCAUCUAAUACAUCUAAUGAUAACACAAAGAAACCAACAAUUAAACAAAAACCAACAGCCAAAACAUCGAAAAGAAAUCGUUCUCCCAACAGUUCACUAGACUCGACGACAAUGGACAAUAAAGAUCUUAAGGCAAACAAUAACGAUGAUUAG